AUGGGUGCUGGUUUUUCGAGCAAAACAUCAAAAGCAGAGCUUACGAAGAAGACGAUAAGAGUGGUGCACCUGAAUGGUUCGCUAGACGACUACCAAGAUCCAGCCACGGUUGAUCAAGUGACCAGUAACUUCCCUGACCACUUUUUAUGCAGUCCAAUCGAAAUUCUCCAAGCUGGGUUGGUACCCCUCAAGCUGAACCAUCAACUCACAUCGGGUCAAAUCUACUUCAUCUUCCCCAACUCCACCCUUAAAUUCAAUUCAUCUCCGGUGGACUUGACCUCUCUAACAAGGAAGCUCACCAACAUAGCCAAAACCAGUCACGGUUCUACCAAGUCGGUACCAGCAGCAAGUCUUUCGGUUAACCGGCGGUUACGCAAUCCACAAGCUAGAAAGUGUGGUGAGAAGGGAAAAAAGAGCAUGCUAAAAUCGCGUAAAUUGCCUUUGUGGAAGCCGAAUUUGACUACGAUAAUAGAGGGCUAG